AUUCGCCGAUAAAACUUAAAGAAGAAUCUUUGACACUACAGCUGGCCCUCUUGCCUGAAAACAACGACAGAAACAGAAAAUGAAAAUAGCACAAAUAUUUGUUUGAAUUUGUUAUAUUUUAACGUUUUAAUCUCCAGGGUGACUAUCUGAAGUUGUAAACCAUGGAGCCGACAGCGCCCAAAAGCAAGCUGAAGAAACUGAGUGAAGACAGUCUCACAAAACAACCAGAGGAGGUAUUUGAUGUUCUGGAAAAACUUGGUGAAGGGUCCUAUGGCAGUGUGUUUAAAGCCAUCCAUAAGGAGUCAGGCCAGGUGGUGGCUAUCAAACAGGUGCCUGUUGAGUCAGACCUCCAGGAGAUCAUCAAGGAGAUAUCCAUCAUGCAGCAGUGUGACAGUCCCUAUGUGGUGAAGUACUAUGGCAGCUACUUUAAGAACACAGACCUGUGGAUAGUGAUGGAGUACUGUGGAGCCGGCUCAGUUUCAGACAUCAUCAGACUACGCAAUAAGACGCUCACAGAGGAUGAGAUCGCCACCAUCCUCAAGUCCACAUUGAAAGGUCUGGAAUAUCUGCAUUUCAUGAGGAAGAUCCACAGAGACAUCAAGGCAGGCAACAUUCUCCUCAACACAGAGGGCCAUGCCAAACUGGCUGACUUUGGAGUAGCGGGACAACUCACGGACACGAUGGCGAAGCGGAACACAGUGAUUGGGACUCCGUUCUGGAUGGCUCCAGAGGUCAUCCAAGAGAUAGGAUAUAACUGUGUGGCAGACAUCUGGUCUCUGGGCAUCACCUCUAUAGAGAUGGCUGAGGGAAAACCUCCCUACGCUGAUAUACAUCCCAUGAGGGCUAUAUUCAUGAUCCCAACCAACCCACCACCAACGUUCAGGAAGCCUGAGCUGUGGACAGACGACUUCACACACUUUGUAAAGAAAUGUCUGGUGAAGAACCCAGAACAGAGAGCUACAGCCACACAACUACUACAGCAUCCGUUCAUCACGGUAGCCAAGCCAGUCACCAUCCUGAGAGACCUGAUCACUGAGUCCAUGGAGAUGAAGGUUAAGAGACAUCAGGAGCAGCAAAGAGAGCUGGAGCAGGAGGACGACUCUGAAGAGGAGGUGGAGGUGGACUCCCACACCAUGGUGAAGUCUGGGUCAGAGGGGGCUGGCACCAUGAGAGCUACCAGCACCAUGAGUGACGGAGCUCAGACCAUGAUCGAACACGGCAGUACCAUGUUAGAGGCAGACCUGGGAACUAUGGUCAUCAAUAGUGAUGAGGAGGAGGAGGACAACGACGAAGGCUCCAUGAGGAGACACCCCACCUCCCAGCAGGCCCUGAGACCCUCCUUCAUGGACUACUUUGACAAGCAGGACUCUAAUAAGGUCCAACAGGAGAGCUAUAACCAUAACCAGCAGCAGGAACCAGGCUAUCACAUCAGCCAGGCUAAGAACGUCUUCCCUGACAACUGGAAGGUUCCUCAGGACGGAGACUUUGACUUUCAGCUGAAGAACCUUGACUUUGAGGAGCUGCAGCUGCGUCUGACGGCUCUGGACCCCAUGAUGGAGAGAGAGAUCGAGGAGCUGCGUCAGCGCUACACCGCCAAGAGACAACCCAUCCUCGACGCAAUGGACGCCAAGAAACGCAGACAGCAGAACUUCUGAAGAGCCUGAGGAACACUUUCUGACCUGGGCCCGUGUUCAUACAGCGUCUCACGUUCCACAGUGCUGAUCUAUGUGGGCCACUUUCCAUGUAAUCUUAUUCCUUAUGAUCUAAAAGGCAGAACUGAUGCUAGAUCAGCACUCUGGCAGCAGAAUUCUGAGGACCUUAGAGAAGGCAUUCUGACCUGGUGCUUUCUGACCUGACCAAGGGAGAGGAGAGACUGUCCUCCAUUUUGUCUCUCAUCACCACCCCAGUAGUCAGUGUGACCUGGAGUUAUCCUAUCUUCCCAUGGCUCUGCUGGCCCUCAGGACUAUUUUAAACUAUUAUUGGGCUGUUAAUUAUGAACCUGUAGGUAGCCUUAUAUCCCUGUUAAUUAUGAACCUGUAGGUAGCCUUAUAUCUCUGUUAAUUAUGAACCUGUAGGUAGCCUUAUAUCCCUGUUAAUUAUGAACCUGUAGGUAGCCUUAUAUCCCUCUGUUAAUUAUGAACCUGUAGGUAGCCUUAUAUCCCUGUUAAUUAUGAACCUGUAGGUAGCCUUAUAUCCCUGUUAAUUAUGAACCUGUAGGUAGCCUUAUAUCCCUGUUAAUUAUGAACCUGUAGGUAGCCUUAUAUCUCUGUUAAUUAUGAACCUGUAGGUAGCCUUAUAUCUCUGUUAAUUAUGAACCUGUAGGUAGCCUUAUAUCUCUGUUAAUUAUGAACCUGUAGGUAGCCUUAUAUCCCUGUUAAUUAUGAACCUGUAGGUAGCCUUAUAUCCCUGUUAAUUAUGAACCUGUAGGUAGCCUUAUAUCCCUGUUAAUUAUGAACCUGUAGGUAGCCUUAUAUCCCUGUUAAUUAUGAACCUGUAGGUAGCCUUAUAUCCCUGUUAUGGACCUGUAGGUAGCCUUAUAUCCCUGUUAAUUAUGAACCUGUAGGUAGCCUUAUAUCUCUGUUAAUUAUGAACCUGUAGGUAGCCUUAUAUCUCUGUUAAUUAUGAACCUGUAGGUAGCCUUAUAUCCCUCUGUUAAUUAUGAACCUGUAGGUAGCCUUAUAUCCCUGUUAAUUAUGAACCUGUAGGUAGCCUUAUAUCCCUGUUAAUUAUGAACCUGUAGGUAGCCUUAUAUCCCUGUUAAUUAUGAACCUGUAGGUAGCCUUAUACCUCUGUUAAUUAUGAACCUGUAGGUAGCCUUAUAUCCCUGUUAAUUAUGAACCUGUAGGUAGCCUUAUAUCCCUCUGUUAAUUAUGAACCUGUAGGUAGCCUUAUAUCUCUGUUAAUUAUGAACCUGUAGGUAGCCUUAUAUCUCUGUUAAUUAUGAACCUGUAGGUAGCCUUAUAUCCCUCUGUUAAUUAUGAACCUGUAGGUAGCCUUAUAUCCCUGUUAAUUAUGAACCUGUAGGUAGCCUUAUACCUCUGUUAAUUAUGAACCUGUAGGUAGCCUUAUAUCCCUGUUAAUUAUGAACCUGUAGGUAGCCUUAUAUCCCUCUGUUAAUUAUGAACCUGUAGGUAGCCUUAUAUCCCUGUUAAUUAUGAACCUGUAGGUAGCCUUAUAUCCCUGUUAAUUAUGAACCUGUAGGUAGCCUUAUAUCCCUGUUAAUUAUGAACCUGUAGGUAGCCUUAUAUCUCUGUUAAUUAUGAACCUGUAGGUAGCCUUAUAUCCCUGUUAAUUAUGAACCUGUAGGUAGCCUUAUAUCCCUGUUAAUUAUGAACCUGUAGGUAGCCUUAUAUCCCUGUUAAUUAUGAACCUGUAGGUAGCCUUAUAUCUCUGUUAAUUAUGAACCUGUAGGUAGCCUUAUAUCCCUGUUAAUUAUGAACCUGUAGGUAGCCUUAUAUCCCUGUUAAUUAUGAACCUGUAGGUAGCCUUAUAUCCCUGUUAAUUAUGAACCUGUAGGUAGCCUUAUAUCCCUGUUAAUUAUGAACCUGUAGGUAGCCUUAUAUCUCUGUUAAUUAUGAACCUGUAGGUAGCCUUAUAUCUCUGUUAAUUAUGAACCUGUAGGUAGCCUUAUAUCUCUGUUAAUUAUGAACCUGUAGGUAGCCUUAUAUCCCUCUGUUAAUUAUGAACCUGUAGGUAGCCUUAUAUCUCUGUUAAUUAUGAACCUGUAGGUAGCCUUAUAUCCCUGUUAAUUAUGAACCUGUAGGUAGCCUUAUACCUCUGUUAAUUAUGAACCUGUAGGUAGCCUUAUAUCCCUGUUAAUUAUGAACCUGUAGGUAGCCUUAUAUCCCUCUGUUAAUUAUGAACCUGUAGGUAGCCUUAUAUCUCUGUUAAUUAUGAACCUGUAGGUAGCCUUAUAUCUCUGUUAAUUAUGAACCUGUAGGUAGCCUUAUAUCCCUCUGUUAAUUAUGAACCUGUAGGUAGCCUUAUAUCCCUGUUAAUUAUGAACCUGUAGGUAGCCUUAUACCUCUGUUAAUUAUGAACCUGUAGGUAGCCUUAUAUCCCUGUUAAUUAUGAACCUGUAGGUAGCCUUAUAUCCCUCUGUUAAUUAUGAACCUGUAGGUAGCCUUAUAUCCCUGUUAAUUAUGAACCUGUAGGUAGCCUUAUAUCCCUGUUAAUUAUGAACCUGUAGGUAGCCUUAUAUCCCUGUUAAUUAUGAACCUGUAGGUAGCCUUAUAUCCCUGUUAAUUAUGAACCUGUAGGUAGCCUUAUAUCCCUGUUAAUUAUGAACCUGUAGGUAGCCUUAUAUCCCUGUUAAUUAUGAACCUGUAGGUAGCCUUAUAUCCCUGUUAAUUAUGAACCUGUAGGUAGCCUUAUAUCUCUGUUAAUUAUGAACCUGUAGGUAGCCUUAUAUCCCAAAGUAUGAUUGAUUAACAUAUUUUCUUAAAUAUACGUUUUUCCCUUUUAAAGCAUCCUCUGAUUGAUCAAUACUGUCUGGGUUUAUUUGCUUCUUGGGAAAUGACCAGCGAUAUGGAAAAUAAUGUUAAAGGAGGACACAAAAACGCAUUGUAAACGGCAGACUAACUAGUUGAAAAGAAAAGCUCGUCAAGAUGUGAAGCUUCACCCUCUUUACAUCCGCGUCACUAAGAGGCGCGGCCAAUGUAGAAAUGGCUCUGUCAUUUCCAGGUGAUACAAUUCUACGCUCAUUUUCAGUUUGAGAAAACAACGUGUGUGACAAACCAUCUAAAUCCCUAUAAAAUAUAUUUUCAUUAACAUUUUUUUUUACGGCUGUUGAAAGUUGGACGAAACUGAACGUGAGUUGUUAUCCGGGGUCCUUUGGACGUCCACCACCAUUGUCCAUGCUAUCCGGUAUCCUUGUACAGGCUGUAGCCAUAACGACAAUUGGUCCUGAGAAUGUAACUCUAACGUUACCUCAUUGAAGUUGAAAAUGGUCAAGACACACACACAGGGGGACGCAGGCACACACACAGGGGGACGCUCUGGCCUGCUCGCCUCCCUACCACUGAGGAAGUACAGUUCCCGCUCAGCCCAGUCAAAACUGUUCGCUGCUCUGGCACCCCAAUGGUGGAACAAACUCCCUCACGACGCCAGGUCAGCGGAGUCAAUCACCACCUUCCGGAGACACCUGAAACCCCACCUCUUCAAGGAAUACCUAGGAUAAAGCAAUCCUUCUGCCCCCCCCCCCCUUAAAAUGAUCUAGAUGCACUAUUGUAAAGUGGCUGUCCACUGGAUGUCAUAAGGUGAAUGCACCAAUUUGUAAGUCGCUCUGGAUAAGAGCGUCUGCUAAAUGACUUAAAUGUAAAUGUAAAUGUCAAGCUUAGGUAAGUGUUAUGGUUUAGGGUAGGCACGUUCCCUUAAACACAGAUGGCACAAACCACCAUGUUACAGGGAAAUGGGAUGCGGGGUAGGGGUUGGAGUUGUAAUUCACCUAGCUACCACAUGGGUGGGACAUUCUACAUGGACGGUCGCACCUUGAAUAUAGCCCUACUAUUCAUAGCAGUUGGUACAUUCCACUAUGGUAGUGGCAGCCAGCCUGGGGGAUGAUAGACUAGUGCAUCGAUGGAAACCCUGUGGUGUGUAUUUGAUAUGUUAUGAUGUAAUACUGUAUAUAAUACAACUGUUGAGGUUUGUCAACUACCAAAGACUUACUGGAUGAGAAUAAAUGCCUUAAAAUACA